CUUUCUCGCUUUCUCAGUGUAAAACUCACAGAAAAUGGCUGAGGCUGGUACUUCCACAGAUCAGGAUCAGUUCAGCUGUCCAGUGUGUCUAGAUCUCCUGAAGGAUCCAGUGACUACUCCCUGUGGCCACAAUUUCUGUAAGGUGUGUAUUAAUGGCUUCUGGGAUAAAGAAGAUCAGAGGAGUGUGUACAGCUGCCCCCAGUGUAGAGAGACAUUCAGUCCAAGGCCUGCUUUACGCAGGAACAAUAUGCUGGCUGAAGUGGUGGAGGAACUGAAGAAGACUGAAAUGUCUGUGGAAUGUGAUUCCUGCAUUGGGAGAAAACGCAAAGCUCUCCGGACAUGUCUGGUUUGCUUGGCUUCUUAUUGUGAAGAUCAUCUUCAACCUCACUAUCAGUCUCUUGCCUUUAAGAAGCACAAGUUAGUUGAAGCCUGUGCAGAGCUCCAAGAGAAGAUCUGCUCUGAACAUGACAAACUGAUGGAGAUCUACUGUCGUACUGACCAAAGCUUCAUCUGUUACUUGUGUACGAUGGAUCAGCACAAAGGACAUGAUACUGUUUCAGCUAAAACAGAAAGAACUGAAAAACAGAAUGAGCUAAAGGAGGAGCAGAUGAAAUCCCAGCAGAGGAUCCAGGAGAAGCAGAAGAAGGUGCAGGAGCUGAAACAGACUGUGGACAUUAUUAAGAUGCGUUCACAGGCAGCAGUAGGUGACAGUGAGAGGAUCUUUACUGAGCUGAUCAGCUCCAUGGAGAAAAAGCGCUCUGAGGUGAAGGAGCUGAUCAGAGCUCAGGAGAAAGCUGAAGUGAGUCGAGCUGAACGACUCCUGAAUCAACUGGAGCAGGAGAUUGCUGAUCUCAAGAGGAGAGUCACUGAGCUGGAGCAGUUUUUACAGAUACAUGAUGACAUCCACUUCCUCCAGAGUUUCCCGUCUCUCUGUGUCUCUCCUGGAUGUGAAGACUCACCCAGCUUCACUGUCAAUCAACAUCUCUCAUUUGAUGGAGUGAGGAAAUCUCUCUCAGAUCUGAAAGAACGAGUCAAGCAAAUCUGUGAGGAAGAAUUCAACAAAAUCCGUCCACAAGCUGCAGCAGUUCAGAUGAUUUUACCCUCAGAACUAAAGAUCAGAAAAGAUUUUAUGCUGUAUUUCUGUUAUCUGACUCUGGAUCCAAACACAGAACAUCCUAUACUCAUUCUGUCUGAGAAGAACAGAGUGGUGACACGCAGAAUGACACAACAACAAUACUCUGAUCAUCCAGAGAGAUUUGACUCCUGGCCUCAGGUGUUGUGUAAGGAGAGUGUGUGUGGACGCUGUUACUGGGAGGUGGAGUGGAACAGCAAGGUGUUCAUAUCAGUCUCAUAUAAAGAGAUCAGCAGGAAAGGACUGGGUAAGGAGUGUUUGUUUGGAUGCAACAGUCAGUCCUGGAGUCUGCAGUGUUCUCCUUCCUCUGUCUUUUUCUGGCACAACAACAUUAAGACUGAGCUCCGAGGUCCAGCAUCCUCCAGAAUAGGAGUGUAUGUGGAUCACAGAGCAGGAACUCUGUCCUUCUACAGCAUCUCUGACACGAUGAGGCUCCUCCACAGAGUCCACACCACAUUCACUCAGCCUCUAUACGCUGGGUUCUGUUUACUUAAUUUAGAUUCAGUUUUGAGGUUAUAUGAUCCAAAAUGAAGAAUUAAAACACGUGUUUAGUAAAAGUUAAACCUUGGUGUCCGAUUUAAUAUUGUUUUGUGCUACAGUGGGGAUAGUUUGGUGCAGAAACAGAUAGUGAUGAUCAUGAUGAUGAUUAUUAUAAAUCUAAUUCAUAGAUUAAUGACUUACAUAGUCUCAAUACAGCAUGUAAAUUUUUUUUUUUAAAAAAAGCAAGGAAAAACAAUUUUAUCGGGAUGUACUAUUAAUAGCUUUUUAAACUGAUCUGAUAUCUUCCUUGUUUUUUUUUCAGAUAUAAAAAAACUGAAUAAUAAAAAUCAAACUGCUGCUUCUUUUUGUGCUGCUGCUGGAAACACCCUACUACGUGCAAAAACCAUUUUUGAUAUUGAAU